AUGAGCGACUUUGAGGUGGUCCCCAACCUCCAGCAGAGCAGUAGCAGUGUCUCGAAGACCAGGCGGAAGGCACAUUUCCCUACGGGUAGCAAUGAAAAGCAGGAAAAUCUCAUCUCAUGGAUUCCUGAAAACAUCCGGAAGAAAGAGUGCACCUACUUUGUUGAAAGCUCCCAGACAUCAGAUUCUGGGAGGAUUGUGUGCGAGUGCGGCUAUCUCAGGGAACAGCACCUGGAAGAUGCUGCCAAACCUCCCAUCUUCCUGGGGAAGGAAUGGGACCCCAGCAGGCACAUCCAGGAAAUGCCAACAGAUGCCUUCGGUGAUAUCCACUUCACGGGCCUGGGACAGAAGAUAGGGAAGUAUGUGCGCGUCUCCUCGGAUACCCCUCCACGGGUCAUCUACCACCUCAUGACACAGCACUGGGGCCUUGAUGCACCCAACCUGCUCAUCUCAGUCACCGGGGGAGCCAAAAACUUUGUCAUGAAGCCAAGGCUGAAGAACAUCUUCCGGCAAGGGCUAGUCAAAGUGGCCCAGACCACUGGGGCCUGGAUCAUCACAGGGGGGUCCCACACUGGUGUGAUGAAACAGGUGGGAGAGGCAGUGCGCGACUUCAUCCUGAGCUGCAGCCACAAAGAGAGCGAGAUCGUCACCAUUGGCAUAGCCACCUGGGGGACUGUGUACAACCGGGAGAGCCUCAUCUGCCCCAUGGGUGGCUUUCCAGCUGAGUACAUACUGGAUGAGGAGAACCAAGGCAGCCUGUCAUGCCUAGACAGCAACCACUCCCACUUCAUCCUGGUGGACGAUGGGACCCACGGGAGGUAUGGGGUGGAAAUCCCCCUGAGGACCAGACUGGAGAAGUUCAUUUCAGAGCAGACCAAGGUGAAAGGAGGUGUCGCCAUCAAGAUCCCCAUCGUGUGCGUGGUGCUGGAAGGAGGCCCCGGGACACUCGAUACCAUCUACAAUGCCAUCACCAACGGGACUCCCUGUGUGAUUGUCGAAGGGUCUGGCCGUGUGGCCGAUGUCAUCGCACAGGUGGCCAGCCUGCCUGUGCCCAAGAUAACCAUUGCCUUGAUCCAGAAGAAGCUGAGUGUGUUCUUCCACGACACCUAUGAGCUCUUCACUGAGGACAAGCUGGUGGAGUGGACCAAGAAGAUUCAAGACAUAGUGCGGAGCCGGCAGCUCCUGACCAUUUUCAGAGAGGGCAAAUAUGGCCAGCAGGACGUGGAUGUGGCCAUCCUCCAGGCCCUGUUCAAAGCAUCCCGAAACCAGGACCACUUUGGUCGGGAGAACUGGGACCACCAGCUGAAGUUAGCUGUGGCCUGGAACAGGGUGGACAUUGCUCGGAGUGAGAUCUUCACGGACGACUAUGAGUGGAAGCCCACAGAUCUCCACCCCGUGAUGGCAGCUGCCCUGAUCUCCAACAAGCCAGAGUUUGUGAAGCUGUUCCUGGAGCAGGGAGUGCGUCUCAAGGAGUUUGUCACCUGGGACACCCUGGUUUACCUCUACGACAACAUGGCACCAUCCUGCCUGUUCCACAGCAAGCUGCAGAAGGUGCUGCUAGAGGAGAGAGAGCACACAGCUGGCUCCAAAAUGCCAAGAAUCCAACUGCACCAUGUCUCCCAGGUGCUGCGGGAGCUGCUGGGCUGCUCCACGCAACCUCUCUACCCCAAGCCCAAGCACACGGAGCGGCCCCGGCUCUCCAUCCCCGUCCCGCACAUCAAGCUGAAUGUUCAGGGGUCAAGUCUCCGGUCCCUCUACAAGCGCUCUGCUGGCCGAGUCACCUUCACCAUGGACCCGGUCCGCGACCUGCUUAUCUGGGCUGUGGUCCAGAACCGCAAGGAGCUGGCAGAAAUCAUCUGGGCCCAGAGCCAGGACUGCGUGGCAGCUGCACUGGCCUGCAGCAAAAUCCUGAAGGAACUCGCCAAGGAGGAGGAAGACACCGACACCACCGAUGACAUGCUGGCCCUGGCCGAGCAGUACGAGCACAAAGCGAUUGGUGUGUUCACAGACUGCUACCGCAAGGAUGAAGAGAGAGCCCAGAAGCUCCUCACCCGUGUCUCUGAGGCCUGGGGGAAAACAACCUGCCUGCAGUUGGCAUUGGAGGCAAAGAACAUGACUUUUGUGUCCCAUGGGGGUGUCCAGGCCUUUCUAACCAAAGUCUGGUGGGGGAAGAUGUGCGUGGACAACGGGCUUUGGCGGGUGAUCGUGUGCAUGCUGUUCUUCCCACUUCUGUACACCAGCCUCAUCACCUUCAGGGAGAAGAGGCUGCAGCCUGUGGGCUGCCUGACGCGCCUCCGAGCCUUCUUCACGGCACCUGUCGUCAUCUUCCACAUGAACAUCCUCUCUUACUUCACCUUCCUCCUGCUCUUCGCCUAUGUCCUGAUGGUUGACUUCCAGCCAUUGCCGUCCUGGCGGGAGUACCUCGUCUACUUCUGGCUCUUCUCCCUGGUGUGUGAGGAGACCCGCCAGCUGUUAUAUGAUCCAGAUGGGUUUGGGGUUGUGAAAAUGGCUUCCCUGUACUUCAAGGACUUCUGGAAUAAGUUGGAUAUCUGUGCCAUCCUAGUCUUUAUCACAGGGCUGACUUGCAGGUUGAUCCCGUCAACUUUAUACCCCGGGCGCAUCAUACUGUCACUGGCUUUUAUCAUUUUCUGCCUGCGUCUGAUGCACAUUUUCACAGUCAGUAAAACGCUGGGGCCCAAGAUCAUCAUUGUGAAGCGCAUGAUGAAGGAUGUCUUCUUCUUCCUCUUCCUGCUAGCAGUGUGGGUGGUGUCCUUUGGGGUUGCCAAGCAGGCCAUCCUGAUCCACAAUGAGGAACGUGUAGAGUGGCUUUUCCGUGGCGUGGUCUACCACUCCUACCUGACCAUCUUUGGGCAGAUUCCCUCCUACAUCGAUGGGGUCAACUUCAACAUUGACCAGUGCAGCCCCAAUGGGACUGACCCCUACAAGCCCAAGUGCCCAGAGACAAAUGAGGACAACAAGAAACCCAUCUUCCCAGAGUGGCUGACGGUCAUCUUACUGUGCCUAUACCUGCUCUUCACCAACAUCCUCCUCCUCAACCUCCUCAUCGCCAUGUUCAACUACACCUUCCAGCAGGUCCAGGAGCACACGGACCAGAUCUGGAAGUUCCAGCGGCACGACCUGAUUGAGGAGUACCACGGCCGCCCACCUGCACCUCCACCCUUCAUCCUCCUGAACCACCUGCAGAUCCUGGUCUGGCGAGGCUUGCUCCGCAGGCCGGCCACACGCCACAAGCUGCUCAAAGAGAAGCUGGAGAAGAACGAAGAAGCUGCCCUCCUCUCCUGGGAGAUGUACCUGAAGGAGAACUACCUGCAGCACCAGCAGUGCCAGGAGAAGCAGAACAUGGAACAGAAGAUCCGAGACAUUGCACAGAGGGUUGACAUGCUGGCAGAGCUGCUGGACUUGGACCGGCUGAAGAGAACAGGGCUGGUGGAACAGAAACUGGUCUCUCUGGAAGACCAGGUGCAUCAGAGCACCCAGGCCCUGAGGUGGAUAAUGCAGGCGCUGCAGGGCAAUGGCUUCGGCUCAGGCGAGGACCUGCCGCCCAUCGGCUCCAGCAAAGCCUCAGAGAUGAAGGAGGUUGACCUGGAGGGGAAAGCCGAGGAGAGCCAGCCCCUAUACCACGUGCUUGCCCGAAACCUCCUGUACCCAGGGUCUCACACCCACCGCUUCCCUGUGCCAGAUGAGAAGGUGCCCUGGGAGGUGGACUUCCCACUCUACGACCCUCCUGUCUACUCAGCUGACCACAAGGACAUGGCUGUGCAGGACCCGUUCAGCCCCUCUUUGGAGUCUCUCCUGAAGAUCAACUACAACACCAUGGACGGGCUGAUUGACCGGCAGAGCUUCCAUGGGCUCUACGCCGUGCAGGAUGGGCUGCCGCUGAACCCCAUGGGAAGGACAGGGCUGCGAGGACGCGGGAGGCUGCGCUGCUUUGGGCCCAACCAUGCCUUGCACCCCGUUGUGACCCGCUGGAGGCGGAAUUUGGAUGGGUCCAUCAUAAGAAAGAGCCUGAAGAAGAUGCUGGAAGUCCUAGUGGCCCAGUACCCACUGUCGGAUGUCUGGGCUCUGCCCGGGGGGUCACUGGAGCCAGGUGAGACACUGCCACUGAAGCUCAAGUGGAUCCUGCGCCGGGAGUUCUGGUCCCAGUUCCAGAACUUGCUGAAACAAGGCACCGAGAUACACAAGGGGUACCUUGACGACCCCCGCAACACAGAUAACGCCUGGGUUGAGACGGUUGCUGUCAGCGUGCACUUUGACAACCAGAACGAUGUGGAGAUGAAGCGGCUGAAUUCGUUCCUUCAGGGCUGCGACCCGGAGCUGUGCAUCCGCUGGCAGGUGCUGGACAAGAGGAUCCCCCUGCACGCCAAUCACAAGGAGCUCCUGCACAAGGUCUCAACCCUCCUCAGCGCCUACUACUGA